CCAACCAUGUCAUCACCAAACGGCUUAAACGUGAUCGCCCUGGUGUCAGGCGGCAAAGACUCUCUCUAUUCAAUACUGCACUGUAUCCGCAACGGCCAUAAAGUGGUUGCGCUGGCCAAUCUCUACCCGAAACAAACCAAAACCUCUGCCCCAGAUGGCUCGGGUGUUCAAGAGGAUCACGGGGAUGAGGAAGAAGAUAUUGAUAGUUUCAUGUAUCAGACUAUCGGCCAUAGUGUGGUUCCGUUGUAUGAAACUGCGCUACAGAUUCCGCUUUAUCGGGGGGUUAUUAGCGGUGGUGCGGUGGAUACAGCGAGGGUUUAUGGAAAUGCUUCUACCGCUAAUAAUUCUGGGAAUCAGAAUGAGAGUUUAGGGGAAGGGGAGGGAGAUGAAACAGAGUCAUUAAUCCCGCUUCUGCGAAAAGUCAAAGAAGCCCACCCAGAAGCCAACGCCGUCUCCGCGGGAGCUAUUCUCUCUACAUACCAGCGCACGCGUAUCGAGGAUGUUGCUGCAAGAUUACACCUGGUACCAUUGGCGUGGCUAUGGCAGUAUCCAAUUUUACCACCGCCGGCAGAGCGGCGAGACGCAUCCGCAUUAUCUACCAACGUCGCAGACGCAGGCUUAUUAGAAGACAUGGCCGCCAUCAACUGCUCAGCACGAAUCAUCAAGGUGGCCUCCGGAGGCCUCGACGAGAGUUUUCUCUGGGAAGAUGUAUCUAGUACCUCUUCCGCGACGAGAGGACGCAUUAUCAAGGCGAUGAGGCGCUUUGCAGAGGCGGAUGCGGGGGGUGUAAGGGGGGCGGUAUUGGGUGAGGGAGGUGAGUAUGAGAGCCUUGCUGUUGAUGGGCCUAGUUUUCUUUGGAAGAGGAGGAUUGAGGUGCUGGGGCGGGAGGUUAGAGCUGGGGAAGGAGGUGUUGGGUUUUUGGGGCUGAGGGGGGCGAAGUGUGCCGAUAAGGAGAGCGAUGAUGAGGUUAAGCCCGGGAAUGUGAGGAGGCCGGGGAUUUUGGAUGAGGAGUUUGAUGCGUUACUUGAUGGGUUGAGUUUUGCCGCAGAGGAAGAAAGAGAAGCACCAGUAGCAGGAGCGUCGAAACAAUGGCACUGUGAACCAGUCCAGACGAGCAACGGUGGGCUAUGGACGAUAUCCAACCUCAGCGCACCAGAAGCCGGCCCCGAUGCUGGGAAGCAGAUGUCUGCAAUCGCAGCAAAGGUCCAAUCUAUCCUAUCCUCUACUAGUGACAGAUCAACCGACGACAUCGUCUUUGCAACCGUCCUCCUCCGCUCAAUGACUGACUUUACAAGCAUGAACAAUAUCUACGUCUCUCUAUUCAAAAAGCCUAACCCACCAGCCAGAGCAACAGUGGCCUGCGGCAAUGCCCUUCCCGGCGGAGUCAAUAUCAUGGUUUCUUAUGUGGUUGAUCUUGGCCCGCGGGAUGCGCGACAGGGAUUACAUGUUCAGUCACGAUCAUAUUGGGCACCCGCGAAUAUUGGACCGUACUCGCAGGCCAUCUCAGUCCAGGUUCCGGCUCCGGCAUCGGACCAGGAAUCGAGUAAGUUGGUGUACAUUGCCGGCCAGAUCCCACUUGAGCCGGCGAAUAUGGAAAUGAUUACUUGGGAGGCCUUGUCACAACAUAAACAAAUACAGCAGUCAUGGGUAGCGGAAUACGCUCUACGCGCGGUUCUCGCGCUCCAGCAUCUGUGGCGAAUCGGCGCGGCCAUGCAGGUUGAUUGGUGGGUUGGGGGCAUUGCUUUUUUGACGGGUGAUGAUGAUUAUGGUAACAAGAAUCACAUCCCAACCAAAGCCCGACUUGCCUGGGAAACAUGGGCGAAGAUGCACAUGCGUCCUGAAGAAAAUGACGAGGAGGAUGACGAUGACGAACCAACCCUUGAUGCAUGGGAUCUCAAAUAUGGCCGCAGGGAAUACGCAUACGAGCAAACAUCCUCGACAAAAUCUGCGCCGGGGUUGCCCAACUUCGAUAUUCUGCAGAAACCCGAUCCCACCGAUACAAAUACAAAUACAAAUACGAAUACAGCUACAACUACAAUCCCUCCAUUCCUUGCAGCGCAAAUCUCCGGGUUACCGCGAGCCAGCGAUGUCGAGUGGCAGGGAUUAGGUUGCGUUUGUAAGGAUGUGGCCGUGAUGACGGAUAAGUCCGUUUCGGAUAUCGGCGUUGGUGUUGAUACAUCCACUACCACUGUCGAUAAGAGGCUAGACUAUACUUGCAUUGAGAUCGGUGAAGGUUCUGAAUCGGAUCUGGAAUCGAGUCUGCAGGAGAUUCUGCGGGUUUAUAGCCAGGGUCAGGGUAAGGAGCAUAUGGUACUUUAUACGGCGAAGGUGUUGGAGGAAGGGUUUGUGUGGCCGGGGCAGAUUAUACCUUGUUUGUCGGUUUGGGGGAGGGAGGGGAGGAGGUUGAAGGGUGGGGUUAUUAUACAGAAGUGUUCGUAGCCAUUUUCAAGGUUGUUGUUAUGGGUGGUUUUUCUAUGGGUAUACUCUGGGUUCGCAGCCAAGCAUUGCCAUACCACGAUCACGCAUUUAUAGUCGAGAACUCCA